ACACCCACACCCACACCCACACCCACACCCUCGCUCUCUCUCUCUCUCUCUCUCUCUCUUAACACACCCUUUUUAUUUAUAUCUAUUAAUUACCUUUUUUCCUUCUUGUUCUUGUUCCCUCUCUUGUUCUUGUUAAUUAGCUUUGUCAUAUUCCCAUAUACUUUUCAUUGGACUAUAAAAGCUCCCAAUGGGUUUGGUUCUAUGGUAGCUCAAUUGGGUUGAGUUCAGCUUUGGGACAUAUAGGGCUGAGUUUUCUCAUUAGACCUCUCCCCCCCUCUCUCUCUCUCUCAUAGUAAAAAAAACAAACACAAAGACAUCAUAUAAUAUAAUAUUUGUAUAUGGAGAAGCUUAACUUUGUUAAAAAUGGUGUUCUUAGACUACCUCCUGGCUUUCGGUUCCACCCAACUGAUGAAGAGCUUGUUGUUCAGUACUUAAAGCGCAAGGUCCACUCUUACCCUUUGCCUGCUUCUAUCAUCCCUGAAGUUGAAGUUUGCAAGUCUGAUCCCUGGGAUUUACCAGGUGAUUUGGAGCAAGAGAGGUACUUCUUCAGCACAAGAGAAGCUAAGUACCCUAAUGGGAACAGAUCGAACAGGGCAACAGGUUCUGGCUAUUGGAAAGCAACUGGGAUAGACAAGCAAAUUGUAACUUCUAGGGGUAACCAUGUUGUGGGGAUGAAAAAGACUCUAGUUUUUUACAGAGGAAAGCCUCCGCAGGGCACUAGAACUGACUGGAUUAUGCAUGAGUAUCGCCUUGUUGCUCCUACCAAUCCUCAAACCAAAGCCACACCAGAGAACAAGAGCUUGCCCCAGAAUCAUGUGAUUGUAGCACCAAUCGAUAGUUGGGUUCUUUGCCGGAUAUUUUUGAAGAAAAGAGGGAGUAAAAAUGAUGAUGAAAACUUGCAGACUGGGGUGGACCAUACAGUUGUUCGAAAGCCCAAAUCUACUACUAGGCCUGUUUUUUAUGAUUUCAUGACAAAGGAGAAGAAAAGGGCUGACUUGAAUCUUGCCCCAACUUCAUCAUCUUCUGGUUCGAGUGGAGUGACUCAAGUGUCUUCUAAUGAAUCAGAGGAGCAUGAAGAAAGCAGUAGUUGCAAUAGUUUGCCUUAUUUUAGAAGAAAGCAGCAGCAGCAGUAGUAGUCAACGAAAUUAUCCAAGAUUAGCAGCCUCAUCUGUACCAGUUAAAUCUCAAAUCAAGCUUCUGGUUUUUCUCGAUUAGAAAUAACCCAUCUAAUGGAAAUCCAGUCUUUGGUCUUUCUAAAAAAUUUCAGGUUCUCGUGUUUGUGAUUGUCACUUUAUCAAUCAAGUAGACAAAAAACGAAAAAGAAAAAAAAGCAAUCGGCAUUAACUUGUACUCGGUAAUGUGAAGAGCAAUGAAUGAUGUUAACAUA